AUGGCUAAUACUUAUCAUCUGCAAACUAAUGGGCAAGCCAAUGUGUCAAAUCGAAAAAUUAAUACCAUACUUGAGAAGGUUGUGAAUCCUUCGAGAAAAGAUUGGUCUUCCAGACUGGAUGACACCUUACGGGCAUUGCAGAUAGCAUACAAAAAUCCAUUAGGGAUGUCGUCGUAUCAAUUGGUUUUUAGGAUAGCAUGUCACUUGCCAGUUGAAAUGGAACACAAAGCAAUAUGGGUAAUUAAGCAAGUGAACAUAGACUAUGAAGCUACUGGAAAGAAAAGGUUGUUGGAUAUCACUGAACUAGAGGAGAUUAGGCAAAAUGCCUAUGCAAAUGUUACAGUUUACAAGGAAAAUACCAAACGAUGA